AAGUCUCAACCUUGUCUAACAAACAUUAUAUAUAUAGUUUCUCUAACAUAAUGUUGCAGGUAGCUAUGACGAGCAAGGUUGCAGGGUUUGUGACAACCUUAUUCAUGAUGGUGAUGAUGAUGGUGCCAAAAACCGUGAGCGCCGAAAACAUAGAUAGAAUCGUCACACAACAAUUCUUCGACAUGAUAAUCAACCAGGCCGAUGGUGAUUGUCCAGGGAAGAACUUCUACUCACGUGAUGCUUUCCUCAAAGCUCACAAUUCCUACCAUCGAUUUGGUAAUAUGAAUACUGAAGAUGAUUCCAAACGUGAAGUUGCAGCCGCUUUUGCUCAUUUCACCCAUGAAACUGGACAUUUUUGCUACAUAGAAGAGAUUGGAGGGGCAUCAAGGGACUACUGUGAUGAAAGCAACAUUGAGUUUCCAUGUGCACCUAACAAAGGGUACUAUGGUCGUGGACCUAUCCAACUUUCAUGGAACUUCAACUAUGGACCAGCAGGACAGAACAUAGGUUUCGAUGGGUUGAAUGCUCCACAGACAGUGGCCAAUGACCCUGUUGUGUCCUUCAAGACAGCAUUGUGGUACUGGAUGGAGUUUGUUCGCCCUGUCAUGAACCAGGGCUUUGGUGCAACCAUUAGAGCCAUCAAUGGCUACCUUGAAUGUAAUCAAGGAAACCCUGAAACUGUCAAUGCUCGUGUUUAUUAUUACACCCAGUAUUGUUCUCAACUUGGUGUUGCUCCUGGUGACAAUCUUACUUGCUGAGUUAUAUGGAUAUAGGAGUAUAUAUAUAUAUAUAUAUGUGUGUGUGUAUGUGUGUGUACCACAUAUAUGAUGACACAUGUUAUAGUUAAUAAAUAAACAAUUCAAAGGCUGAGAGAUUUAUUUUGA